AUGGCCGGCCACAAAAGCCCCAGGGCCAGGGACGACAAAGCCAAAAAAAGAAAGAGAGAAGCCAACGACGGCGAGACAAAAUCUAAGCGACACCGGCAGCAGCGUCAGCACGCCAAUGACACCGGCCACGAGCGACGCUCUGUACAAGCUUUGGAGCCCAGCAGGCUUUUGCAAGCUGAUUCUAUCCAAGAUAUCGUUGCCCAGGACUCGACUCGUUGGUCCGAUGACGGCGAGGCGGGCUGGAGAAUCUCCAAGCCCAUGGGGGGACGAAUGCUUGAUAUCGAUCCCCUUCUGACGGUAGACGAACAGUACCUUGUCUUGACGUACAACACAUCGAUUCAAGUUUACAACGCCGUCGACUCGCUACUGAUCAGGCGAAUACCGAUAUGCACUCUCGACGCCUCUGCGCCGCAGGGUUCGACUCCGUUAGCCAUCGUUGCUGUGCGGCUGUCAAAGCAAAGCCCUGAUUUCGUCUGGGUCGCUUGUUCUGAUGGCCAAGUUUACAAUGUCAACUGGACAAUCGGGUCGCAGGUGUCGCCAUGUUUCCGGACGGUCUCUGGCACUGCCAAAGCCAUGACGAUUGUGCCGGCUACCGGUCAAGAUGAGCAACGAGACAUUAUUCUCCUUGCUGAAUCAGACCGACAGCAUCGAAUGGAAGUCGUCGCGUACCAGGGAAAAGUCGGAUCAACGUUCAAAUCCAAGAAGAUCCUUGUACUCAAAAAACCUGGCGACGGCCUUCAGUUGCUUGAAGCCAGCGAAGACGGUCAAGUCCUGGUUGGUGCAUUUCACGAUCGCCUGUUUCUAGGAGCCAUGUCUCAACCGGAAGUAAACGAACUGGACCAGCUCCGGUAUGAAAUCUUCUCCUUUGACACCCCCGAUCUCAUCACAACGCUCGACUUGAGGCGGUAUACGAGACCAGUCAUACAUCGAGGAAGCGACAGAAAGCGCGAAGACGCGUCGGGCAUGGUGGUUGACAUACUCGCCGGUGGAGCACGCGGAGGCAUUUAUGUGUAUCGCGAUGCUCUUUCGCGCGUUCAAGCCGUCGGCAAGCCGCAGUACGUCAAGGACGGCAUCCAAGUCCACAAGUUUCACUGGCAUCACAAAGCUGUCCACUCCGUCAAGUGGUCCCGCGACGGCAACUACUUCAUCUCGGGAGGAUCCGAAAAUGUUCUCGUCAUUUGGCAAGUCGACACGUCGAAACAGGUCUUUCUGCCACAUCUGUCUGGAAGCGUGGAGAACAUCGUAGUGUCUGCAUCUGGGUCCUCCUACGUUCUUCAUCUUGAUGACAAUUCCGCCAUGAUCAUCUCCACGGCAGAGCUGAAGCCGACAGCCUUUGUCUCCGGCAUUCAGUCAGCAACCGUUGAUGCUGCGACACCAAAGGACAUGCUUGUCAAGCGCCUUUGGAGUGUUGCUGAGCACGUCCGACGACCUAUUCCAGCGGCUAUCAGAUCGUCGGACUCAUCAAAACUCCACACCUUUGAUCUGGAGUCCUUUACGAGCGUUUCCAGGCAAGCCCUGGCGCGGACACACCCGACAGACGUCAACUUGAACAACAAAGGUCACGCCAUUGACGAGCCGCUCAUCAGCCACAUUGCCUUCUCCAACGAUGGUCUAUGGUUGGCAAGCGUGGACGAGUGGAAACCUUCAGCGAGGGAUGUGGAGCUCGUCAGUAGUGAUCUACAGGAGCAGUUUAUCCGUGAGAGGCAUGAGAUAUACUUGAAGUUCUGGCAAGUUGGGAAUGGCGACGGGUCCAUGGCGCUUGUGUCGAGGAUUGAUAUCCCUCAUUCUACGAACCAUCCUGAAGUUGUUCUUGACCUUGCGUCUGACCCCACGGCGACCUGCUUUGCCUCCAUCGGUGGCGAUGGCAUUGUCCGCUUAUGGCGCCCAAAGACUCGACAGCAAAACGGAGUUGCCGUUAAGAGCGAGUCGGGCCAAGACGCGGUUCAUUGGAGUUGUUCGCAGUUGAUUGCGGUGGGAGAGCACUCAAGCCAGGAGCCCGCGACAGAAGUGUCGAAUACUGCCGCCACCCCCAAGGCCCAAGGAAGUCUCGCCUUCUCGGAAGACGGUUCAACGCUGUUUGCUGCUUUUGGGGUUGCGGAUGCCGGAGUCGUCUAUGUGAUCGACACUGCAUCUAGUCAGGUUGUCAAGAUACUCGACGGACUGUGGGAAGGCCAGCUGCACGCUGUUCGCGCUCUCUCGUCAUUCGUCAUCGUGCUUUCUGACGAGCUACGGGUGUACGACGUGGUCAGCGAUGAGCUUCGUUAUGGUAUAGUGGUGCCCAAGAUUCCCGGGGUUCACGAGCUUCUGCAGCUAGCCGUCGACCGUCAAUCUGGCCGCUUCGCCGUUGCGCUGCCCAUCGGUGACUUUUCCAGCGUGGGCGUUUUCGACCCGGAGGAUUCGGAACCGCUGUUGGUCCGCAGCAUCCCACACAGGAUUGUUACCCUGGUCUCAGCACCCUCAACAAGCGGCUUCAUUGUUCUCGACGACACAGCUCAAACCUGGGUCAUUGCAGAGGGAUCGGAUCCUGCAGCCCUUGCGACAAUGCAGCCACUUCAGGACCUGCGACUGGACGACACGGGGGCAGCCAUCAAGGGAGAGAGCAAGGAAAUCAUUCUCGCCAUGGACGACGCAGAGAUGGCAAGCGACGAUGAAAUGGGAGACGACCAGGCGGAAAGAGACGAGGACGUUGACAUGGACGAGGACCCUUCUCAUGCGGUUGUCGUUCGCCAACAGCAUUUGGCAGCCAUUUUCGACGCGGCGCCUGCUUUUGCCGCGCCCUCGGUUGAGGCCAUGUUCUAUAAAGUGGCGGAUCUACUUGCAGCAAAACCACUGCCGGCCUUGUCGGCUUGA